AAACUUUUUGAACACACCGAGACACUAUGCCCACGGCGACCAGUGACUUGCGAGUACUGUGGUAUGAAUGGUGAGCAGGUUGUGGUUAGCGGAGAACACAAGAAAGAUUGUCCAGAUAUCCCCACCCCCUGUCCCAACAGCUGCGGAAUAGAGCCUGUCAAACAGAAGAACUUGCAACAACAUUUGUUAGAAUGCCCAGAGGAGAUAGUUGAAUGCUACUACAGUUACGCAGGAUGCACAGAGCAGAUACAAAGGAAGAAUCUAACAGAGCAUCUAGUAGUAAAAUCUCCACAUCAUUUACAUCUUAAUGGUGAAUUUUUCUUAGAACAACUGCAUAAAAAAGAGGAGCUUUUGCAAAAAUAUGUUACUGAGAAAAACGAUCAGUUUCAUAAAGUCACCAACAUCUUUAAGCAACAAAUAGAAGAGCUAAAAAUAGCAAUCGAAGAGAAAUACAAGGAGACUAAUAGAAAUACAGAAGAGUUGGUGUCAUAUCUUAAACAAAAGUAUAAUGAUCUUGAGCAGCAUGCCAACCAAGUAAUACGCUCACGCUGGGAAAUUAAACGAUCUGACCUAAAUAUUGAACUAACAAAAAUGGAUUCAAAAAGCGCUGAUAGUAAUAGCGUGAUUAAAAAGUGGGAAGGUACAUACAAUGAUUAUCCAGUGGCCAUAAAAAUGCUUGAGCUGGGAAUCUCGUCAGUAGAUUUUCUUCAGGAGGCUCGUACUCUAAUGAAACUAGACCAUAGUAACAUCAUCAAGCUUCACGGGAUAGUGUCCAACAGUGAGCCGAUUUGUAUAAUACUAGAGCAUAUGGAUCAUGGAACCUUAAAGCAGUAUCUACGAUCAAAUGUUACAAUCCUUUUACACCAGCAAAUAUCAAUGUGUGAACAAGUUGCACAAGGACUUGACUAUCUUCACCAGAACCUUUGCAUACAUCGAAACAUUAGAGCUGAAACGAUACAUGUUGGUGAAGGUUUAAUACUAAAAAUUGGAGAGUUUGGUAGCGCAAUAUGUUUAGAGUACUAUGCUGCAGAGGUUGUAAUAAAAGAGAAUGAAAGCAUUUCUAGAUGCAAUUGCUCACCAGAAGCUUUAAAAGAGCGAAAAUUUAGCUUAAAAUCAGAUGUAUGGUCCUACGGUACAUUAAUCUGGGAAGUGAUCACUCGAAGCAACUCUCAAUCAUCCAUUACGAACGUGGACGAAGAUGUUCGAUUACUAACCGUCAAUCCAGCGUACGCACUUUUAAGUGAAGAUGUUGAGUAUGUGCCUCAACUUUUGAAGUGCCCAGUCAUCUGUUAUAAACUAAUGACUCAAUGCUUAAAACAGGAGCCUUGGAUUAGGCCAGCACUCAAUACAGUAAUAUCGUCUUUAGUUGAGCAAGAAUCAGAAUCAGAAUCGAAAUCAGAAUCAGAAUCAGAAUCAGAAUCAGUUUAUAGUAGUCUGUAAUAAAAGCUAAGCAUAGUGAAUUCAUUGUGUGAUAACUGAAAUGUGAGUCAUCUUGAUUUUUCGAACAUUGGUCAAACAAGCUUGUAAAAAUUAAUAAUUAAGUGCAUUGGUGUUUUGCUAUUACAUUAUUUAAUUA